AUGUUGCUCAAAAUACUGCCGCUGUUGCUGUCGAUACCUCACACUACAUUCCGAGAGCAUGAUGGAAAAUGCAUAAUUCAAGAUGAUGUUUAUACUCCUCAUAUGUACUAUAAGACUGGUGAUCUCAUGAUUGGUGGAACUGUCUCUCAUAUGAUUUCAGUUUUGGAUCUACUUUCCUUUGAGCAAUAUCCUACUUGGGAUUCUGCCAAUCUCUUAAUAGUGACAAAGAAUUACCAGCAAGUCUUGGCUUUGGUGUUUGCUGUCAAUGAGAUCAAUGAAAAUCCCCAGAUCCUACCCAAUGUAUCCUUGGGAGUCCACAUCUCUGAGAGCUAUUUCAGUCCAAGGAGAAUCUACAAUAUUGUAAUAGAAUUUUUUUCUCCACAGUAUAAAUUUGUCCCCAACUAUAAGUGUGGCAUUCAGAACAACCUCAUUGCAGUCAUUGGAGGACUGGGCACUGAUAACUCUCGCAAUUUGGCAACCAUUUUGGAUAUCUACAAGCUGCCACAGUUCAGCUAUGGUGAUUUUGCCCCUAUUCUGAGGGAUGGAUCCCAUUUCUUUUCCUUCUAUGAGUUAGUUCCAAAUGAAAUCCAUCAAUAUAAGGGGAUUGUCCAGCUACUUUUGCAUUUCCGAUGGAUAUGGGUGGGUCUAAUGACCAUGAAUGACGAUAGUGGAGAAAUUUUUGUGAAGAACUUGCUGCCUAUAUUUUCUCAGAAUGGCAUCUGUCCUGCCUUCACUGUCAAAAUUUUGACAGUAAUCUUUUUUAGUGACAUUCCCCGUGUGCUAGAAAGCUGGGGCAAAAUAUAUUUAGAUAUUAUGAACAAUACAGCUAAUGCAAUUGUAGUCCACGGAGAAACAAAGGCCAUGCUAACUUUGAGAGGGUUUCUUCAGGAAGGAGAAUCUAAGAAUGGGAAACUAUUUGGUAAAGUGUGGAUCAUGGCAGCUCAGUUGGAUUUUGCUGCAUUUAUCACACAGAAGGAUUUGAAAAUAGAUCCCUUCCAUGGAGCCUUAGCUUUCACUGUCCAUUCAAAUGACCUUCCAGGAUUCCAACAUUUUCUUUUGAAUUUAAGGCCUCAUCUGGCUAAGGACGAUGGUUUCAUCCAGGCAUUUUGGGAGCAGGCAUUUGGCUGUUCAUUUCCAAACCCCAAUACUAAAGAGGACCUUAAUAAACCCUGCACUGGAGAAGAAAGGUUGGAGAGCCUUCCUGGGCCUUUAUUUGAAAUGGGUAUGACUGGCCAUAGCUACAGUAUCUACAAUGCAGCAUAUGCUUUAGCAAAUUCUGUCAGUUCUUUAUAUUCGACCAGAUCCAAAUCCAGAGGGAUGAGAGCCACAAUGUAUCAAGCGAAUAAGCAAAUACAGCCAUGGCAGCUCCAUUCUAUUCUGAGGAACUUCUCUUUCAACAACAGCAUAGGAGAAACUGUGCUGUUGAAUGAGAAUGGGGAAUUUACAAUGGGUUUUGAUGUUACAAAUGUGAUUACUUUCCCCAAUAAUUCAUUCAUUAGAGUGAAAGUUGGAAGGAUGAAUCCUUGGGGUCUUCCAGGAAAAGAGUUCAACAUUGAUGAAGACAUUAUUAUGUGGCCCAGGAUCUAUAACCAGGUGAUGCCCAUUUCUCUCUGCAAUGACAUUUGCCAUCCUGGUUAUCAGAAAAAAAAGAAAGACGGGAUUCCAUUUUGCUGCUAUGAUUGUACUUCAUGUCCAGAUGGGAAGGUCUCUGAACAGAGAGAUAUGGAUUCCUGCAAUAGCUGCCAAGAAGAUCAUUAUCCAAACAAGAAUCAAAAUCAGUGCAUCCCAAAGAUUAUAACUUUUCUAUCUUAUGGAGAACCACUAGGGUUCAUCUUCACCAUUGUUGCUCUUUCCUUUUCUUUACUAACAGCUUUGGUGCUGCAAAUGUUUGUGAAGCAUCAAGACACCCCCAUUGUCAAAGCCAACAACUGGAUGCUCACCUACAUUCUCCUAAUCAACCUCCUGCUCUGCUUUCUUAGCACCCUACUAUUCAUUGGCCGUCCUCAGAAGGUGGUAUGUCUUCUCCGUCAACCUGCAUUCGGCAUCAUCUUCUCAGUGGCUUUAUCUUGUGUGCUAACAAAAACCAUCACUGUAGUUCUCGCCUUUAUAGCCACCAAGCCAGGAACCUGGAUGAGGAAAUGGGUGGGGAAAGGCCUGACCAAUUCCAUUAUUUUUGUCUGUUCUUCUGUUCAAAUAGGUAUUUGUAUUGGCUGGCUGGCUACUUCUCCUCCUUUUCCAGAUGUGGACAUGAAGUCAAUGGCUGAUGAGAUUAUACUGGAAUGUAAUGAGGGAUCUGUGGCAAUGUUUUAUAGUGUCCUAGGCUAUAUGGGUUUCCUGGCUUUUGUGAGCUUCAUUGUGGCUUUCAAGGCUAGAAAAUUACCUGACACGUUCAAUGAAGCCAAGUUCAUCACUUUCAGCAUGCUGGUCUUCUGCAGUGUUUGGCUCUCCUUUGUUCCAACCUACUUGAGCACUAAGGGGAAAUAUCCCGCUGCUGUGGAGAUCUUCUCCAUCUUAACUUCCAGUGCUGGGCUUCUGGGUUGCAUCUUCUUCCCAAAAUGCUACAUCAUUGUGUUGAGGCCAGAACUGAACAAAAAAGAUCAGCUAAUAAAAUGGAAAAAUUAA